GAUAGUUUUCUUUAAUAAACUGUGGUACAAAUUUUAAAAGUUUAGCUUCGGUUUAGCUAUAAGGUUUGAAAAAAUAUAUAAACAUUCGUUGUAUGAAUUACUAGAGAAAUGAGUAACGUUCCUGAAAACGCUCCACACCAUUGCCCUGGAACUCAAAGUGAAGAUGCUGGUAAAGUCUCAGCUUGUGCGGGAUGUCCAAAUCAAAAUAUUUGUGCUUCAGGUUUACCCUCUGGACCUGAUCCAGCUAUAGAGAUAAUUAGAAAUCGUCUAUCAAAUGUAAAGCAUAAGAUAUUAAUUCUAUCUGGAAAAGGUGGUGUAGGAAAAAGCACUGUCACAUCACUGCUUGGUCAUGGCCUGGCAGCUAAGAAUCCAGAUAUAAAUAUCGGUAUUCUAGAUGCUGACAUCUGCGGCCCCAGUCAGCCACGGGUGUUGGGAGUGCGUGGAGAACAAGUACAUAACUCUGGAUCAGGAUGGUCGCCUGUCUAUGUAAAGGACAACCUUUCCCUGAUGUCAAUCGGUUUCCUGCUGGGUAGCCCCAAUGAUGCUGUCAUCUGGAGAGGACCUAAGAAGAAUGGCAUGAUUAAGCAGUUUCUAAGUGAAGUGGAUUGGGGAGAUCUCGACUACUUGCUGAUUGAUACACCACCAGGUACAUCUGACGAGCACCUUUCCCUAGUGCAAUACCUGUGCGGUGCGGGCGUUAGCGGCGCGGUAGUCGUGACGACGCCUCAAGAGGUGGCGCUGCUCGACGUGCGAAAGGAGAUACACUUCUGCCGCAAAGUGGCGCUGCCCGUCAUUGGCGUCAUUGAAAACAUGUCCCUCUUUGUGUGCCCCAAUUGCCAUAGCCGCAGCGAAAUCUUCCCGGCAACUACAGGUGGCGCGGUACAAAUGUGUACGGAAAUGGACGUCCGCAUGUUAGGAGCGUUGCCUUUGGACCCGCUUCUCGCUCGCUGCUGCGACGCAGGCGACGAUUUCACCGCGCAGCUGCCGCAUUCGCCGGCCGUACAACAACUGAGACUCAUUGUCGAUAGUAUAAUAGCAGUCUGCGAAGAAUCAUCUACUUAAAUGGUGUCUAGUAAUUAUGAAUUUAUUACCUAGUCAUAAGCUUGUAAUGUUAUUAUGCGACUAUAAAAUUAUUAUAUAUUGUUAAAAUAUU